AUGUCUGCCAUUCUGGGAACACUCUCCAAGUUCGCUAUCCCCGUCGGUGCUGUCGUCUCCUUCCUCCAGUACUCCAUGUACGAUGUCCAGGGAGGUCACCGCGCCGUUAUUUUCGACAGAAUUGACGGAGUCAAGCCCCACCCCGUUGGCGAGGGAACCCACUUCUUGGUCCCCUGGUUGCAGCGCGCCAUCCAGUUCGAUGUCCGUACCAAGCCCCGCAACAUCUCGACCACCACUGGAUCCAAGGAUAUGCAGAUGGUUACCUUGACCCUCCGUGUCCUCCACCGCCCUGAGGUCAAGAACCUGUCCCAGAUCUACCAGGGACUCGGUAUGGAUUACGAUGAGCGUGUGUUGCCCUCUAUCGGAAACGAGGUGUUGAAGUCGAUUGUUGCCCAGUUUGAUGCUGGUGAGCUCAUUACCCAGCGUGAGCUCGUCUCUUCCAAGAUCCGUGAGGACCUUGCUAAGCGUGCCCGUGAGUUCCACAUCGAGCUCGAGGAUGUCUCCAUCACCACUAUGACCUUCGGUCGCGAUUUCACCAACGCCGUCGAGCAGAAGCAGAUUGCUCAGCAGGAGGCCGAGCGCGCAAAGUUCAUUGUCGAGAAGGCUGAGCAGGAGAAGAGCGCUGUGAUCAUCAGAGCCGAGGGAGAGGCCCACGCUGCCGAGAUUAUUUCCAAUUCAUUGGAGAAGGCCGGUGCUGGUUUGAUUGAGCUCCGUCGUAUUGAGGCAUCGAAGGAUAUUGCCGGCACCUUGGCUCAUGCCAAGAACGUCACCUACUUGCCCAACCAGAAGGGCAACAACAUGUUGUUGAACAUCCCCGUUUAA